AUGAACGUGAGUGCCACCAACGUCGCCCUGCUACAGUUUUGGUCUGACUUGUGGGUCUAUGAGCGGAUCUUCUCCAUUGCCGUCCUCUUCUUCGCCAUGGUGGCCUUCUCCUCCAUCGUGGGAGGCGUGACCGCCUCCAUGACCCAGCUGCAGAACUUGCGGAGCAAUCACAUGAAGCAGUUCUGGAUCCUGCGGCGCUACUUGAAGCAGAACGGCGUGGGCAAGGAGCUGCAGUUCCGCAUCGAGAAGUUCCUGGAGUAUCAAACAAACAAGGAGGCAGAGCACGUCCAGCCGGCCAUGGUGGCGCAUCUCACGAAGCUGUCGCAGCCGCUCCGCAACGAGCUGCAGUACACCAUUAUGGUACAGUGGCUGCGCGCGCACCCCUUCUUUGCCAAGAUUUGUACCCACAUGCCGAACUUCAUGCACAAGCUCUGCAGUACGGCCAUUAAAGAGAAGGUCCUGGGCAGUGGGGACAUCGUCUUCGAGGCCGGGGAGGAGUGCAGCCAGGUCUACUUCGUGAGCGCUGCGCUGAUCCUCGAGUACACGCACAUUCGAGAGACGGACGAGACUUCCAACAAGCUCCACUCCAAACAGUGGAUCUCAGAGCCGGCCCUUUGGGUUACGUGGAAACAUCUCGGCGUCUGCGAAGCAGAGAAGCCGGGAGAGAUCAUUUCCGUAGACACGGCGAUUUUCAGCAAGGAGAUGUCGGCACACCCUGCACCGAGACUGUUGUGUUCUACAUAUGCCAGGCUCUUCGUCGAGUGCCUGAACAGCAUGCCGAAGCACACUCUUAGCGACGUCUUGGACCAAACUGUCCUUGAUGUGUCCGCGAUCGUCGAAAAGGCGUCGCACGUUGCUGCGGCGCUGGGCUACAGCACCGCAUCAAGUGGUGUGAACAACAGCGUCGCCCUGAAUUCUGCCUAG